GGCGAUUGCGUUGAAAAUGGUGGGCUCUUUGUACUUUCACUCAUUGCCCAUUGAAACUUCCUCGAAACAAAAUCUUGUAGGUGAUUUAGAAGAAUUGCCCUCAUGAGAAAAAACUCAUUUACUUCUAAUUAGUACAUUUCCGCGUCUAGUAGUAGAAAAGAAAACGGUGGGUUCAUUGUAGUUUUCUCGAAUGUACAAAAUCUUAUAGGUGGUUUGAUUCUGAUCACCUAUAAAGCCUUCGCCCAAGUUUUACACUUUUUUUUUUUUUAUAGCUUUCCUCUUUCUCUGCGAUUCCUCUAUUUCUUUUUUACCAAACAAAAUAGAGCGGCUAUUGUGCUUGUUAAAAUGGCUUCUACUUCAUCUUUAGGCUUCUCCUCUAAAACUACCUACGAUGUUUUCCUUAGUUUUAGUGGUAUUGAUACUCGUUCAAAUUUUACUGAUCAUCUUCAUGUUGCUCUGCGCCGGAGAAGUCUUACAACAUUCAUAGACGAUGUUCUUGAGAGAGGAGAAGGGAUCUCGCCAGCGCUCAUGAAAGCGAUUGAAGAAUCCAUGAUUUCAGUAGUGAUUUUGUUCGAAAAUUAUGCGUCCUCUCGGUGGUGCCUAGAUGAACUAGUGAAGAUAAUUGACUGCAAGAAAGGAAUGGGGCGAAAGGUCUUACCCAUUUUCUACCAUGUGGAUCCUUCUGACGUUAGAAAACAGACUGGGAAAUUUGGGGAAGCAUUUGGGAAAGUUAAAGAAAAAUUUAAGCAGCGCUUGGACAUUGUGGAGAAGUGGAGCACUGCUUUGAUGGAAGCAGCCAAUCUAUCUGGAUGGGAUUCCAAAAACUACAGGCUUGAAUCGAAAUUAAUUGACAAAGUUGUCAACCAAAUCAUGAAGAAACUGUAUCCCAUCUCCUUUAGUGCUUGUCAUGGUUUAGUUGGGAUUGAUGCUCACGUCAACAAAAUUCUACCAUUAUUAUGUAUUGAGACAGCAGAUGUUCGUUUUAUAGGAAUUUGGGGAAUGGGCGGCAUAGGAAAGACAACCACUACUGAUGUUCUUUUUAGUCAAAUUUCUGAUGAAUUUGAUGUUUGCUACUUUCUAAGUAAUGUUGGGGAAAAUGCAGAAAAGAAUGAAUUACUGCAUUUACGACAAAAACUUUUUUCCGAACUUGUAGGGGACAAACUUUUAAGCAUACAAAUGCUCCAUGUGCUUCCCACUAUUGUUCUGGAUAUACUUAGAAGAAAGAAGGUUUUCAUUGUUCUCGAUGAUGUCAAUGAUUCAGAGCAGUUAGAGGCUUUAGCUGGAUAUCAUGGUUGGUAUGGUUCAGGAAGCAGAGUCAUAGUAACAAGCAGAGACAAAGAAGUACUUGUUGGUGGAGUUGAUCAAAUAUAUAAGGUUGAGGGAUUAAAUUAUUGUGAUGCUCUUCAAUUAUUGAGUGUGAAAGCCUUUAAACAAGAGCAUCCUCCAGAGGAGUUUAUGAAGUUCGCAGAAAGGGUGGUAAACUAUGCUAAAGGUGUUCCUUUAGCCCUAAAAGUUUUGGGUUCACAUCUAUGCAAAAGAUCUCCAAAGGAAUGGGAAAUUGUAUUGAAAGAACUAAAAAAAAUUCCGAUAUCCAAAAUUCAUAAAAUAUUAAAAAUAAGUUUUGAUUCGCUAGAGCAAACAGAAAAGGCUGUAUUUCUUGAUAUAGCAUGCUUUUUCAAGGGCCAAGAUAAAGACUGUGUAGAAGAUAUACUAGACGGAUGUGAUCUUACUCCAAGUUUGGGAAUAAUUCGUUUAGUGGAAAAGUGCCUCGUAAUUGUUGUUAAUAAUAAGUUAGAGAUGCAUGAUUUGAUACAAGAAAUGGUUCAACAUAUUGCUCGGCAUGAACAUAGUAGAUUAUGGGAAUUCACAAAAAUUUGUGAUAUCUUAGCAACUGAGAAGGUGAACAAAGCAGUGGAAGGGAUAUGCUUGGAUACUUCUAAAAUGGGAAUGACAUGCUUGAAUUCUGCAACCUUCUCACAAAUGCCUAACUUAAGAUUACUCAAAUUUUUUAGGCAUUCAAAUAAAAAGGACUCAACUCCUGAAACCUUCAUACUUGAAUCUGCUUAAAAGAAUCAUCUGCAGAAUCUUCCUAACAAGUUGAGUUUACUACAUUGGGAGGAAUAUCCUUACAGUUCUCUGCCUUUAUGUUUUUCCAUGGAGAACCUUGUUUUACUCAAUUUGGAAGAUAGCGACGUUAAACGACUUUGGCAUGGAGAUCAGUGUCCUCAAAAGUUGAAGUAUCUCUAUCUUUCUGGAUCGAAGAAACUAGCCACCCUCCCAAAUCUCUCCUCGGCUACAAACUUAGAGCGAAUAGAUCUUAAGGCGUGUGAGAGUUUGCUUGAGAUUCCCUCUUCAAUUCAGUUUCUCCACAAACUUAAUUAUCUUAAUCUUGAUGACUGCAUAAAUCUAAGGAAUCUUCCCAGUCUCCUUCAUUUGAAAAAUCUGAAGGAACUUUCUCUGUCUUUCUGCAUAAAUUUGAAGAAAAUGUCAGAAAUUCCGAGUGGUAUUAAACAGUUAGAUCUAAUAUGCUGUGGAGCGGAAGAAUGGUCCGCAUCUGUUCAAUCUUUCGACACUCUUAAAUACAUGCAUAUCUCGAUGUGCAAAAACCUUAGAGGCCUUCCAAGCAGUUUGCAUUUGACUUCUGUUGAGACACUUAAACUCUUCAGAUGUUCAAAUUUAAACAAGUUCCCUAAUGUUACUGGAUAUCUAAAAAGAAUACUGUUAGAAGAGGUCGCAAUAGAAGAAUUACCCUCAACCAUCGGAUGUCUCUUUUCACUUGUUGAGUUGAAACUGGAGAAGUGCAAUAAGCUAGAGAGUCUCCCAGGCAGCAUUUGUGAGUUGAAAUGCCUUGAAGGGCUUUUUCUUAGGGGCUGCUCAAAACUUGGUAGAUUGCCUUCGUUAUGUGGUUUGUGCUCUUUAACACAUUUAUAUCUAGAUGACACUGCAGUUUCAGAAAUCCCCAGCGACAUUUUCUCUUUAUCAUCUCUAAGAUUAUUGAGUUUAAACAACUGCAAAAGACUCCAACAUUUACCAGAGCUUCCAGAGCGAACAACAGUGCUCCAAGCGUUUAAUUGUACAUCACUAGAAACUGUGAAAUCACCUUUGCCCUUCGCACUUGUACCAAAGUGCAAUGGUUGCAGGAGGCAAAAAGGAAUAUUCAAUUAUUGCAAUUGCUUCAAUUUGGAGCAUAAUACACUUGGCAACAUUUUGACAAAUGCACGACUGAGAAUUGAAGAAAAGUUUGGUUUUUCAGAAUUUAUUGAUAGUUUUCUUGUUGGUUUACCUGGAACUGAAAUUCCAGAAUGGUUCAGCUAUGAGAACCUAGGAUCUUCAAUAGCUUUUGUGUUCCCUCCCAAAUGCAUUAAUGCUAAGUACCUAUAUUUGGCUUUUUGUGUUGUUCUAGAAUUCAAGGUUCCUCUUGCUAUGGAAAAGUACAAUAAUUUCGUGCUUGCAUGUGAAUUGCAUCUGAAAAAUGCUGAUGGCAAUGAAGUGCCCUUAAUAAUGGUUGCUCCUAAGAUUUAUCAUGAUAAUGUGCAUUUCGGGGCCGCCAUUGAAUCAGAUCAUGUGUUCCUUUGGCACAAUCGUUACUGUAUUAAACGAUGGCUCAAACACAAUUGUUCUGACGUCAACAAGCUUUCGAUUGAGUCUGAGUUCAAAGUAGACAAUUUGCAUAAAGGUAAUGCAAGGCAUAUUGAUUUAGUAGAAUCAAAGGUGAAAAGAUGUGGAAUCCACUUGUUAUAUGCUUUCAAGGAUGAGGAGUACCAAUGCAGCCCCAGCACAAUCCAAACCAAGCUCUCUUUGCAAUAUUCAUCAGCCGUUUCUAAUUUUAUGCAACAAGUGAGAGGAAACACUGGGUUUUUGAAUGGCUUUUGUUUUAUUCUUUCGUGCAGUUUUUGGUUACUCUCCUUUUGGGUGCUGAAGAGUUUUGGUUCUGCGUCCUUGUUUUAGGCUAUUUGGUCAGCGGCUGCUCUUUAUUUUUUACUGGUUUCGGCUCCUCUUUGGUGGAUCCGGUUUUGAUAAUUUGAUCUCUGCAUUCAGCUUGUUUCGGGUUUCCAUUGCUGUACUGCAGUUGCUUUUUGUCUCUGCUUACUGUUUACUCUCGGAUGGGGUUGCUGAUGCUUUUCUUAGUCUCUGUUGUUCGUGCUUUGUUGUUCAGUCUAUCUUUUGGUUCUGCUGUGGUCUAGCAAUUCUGGUUUUUUGCUGUUUGUGCUUUUUGUUCAAUCUAUCAUUUGGUUCUGCUUUAA